AUGAGCUUUUUUGCUUUGUUCGUAGAGAAAGUUGAAACAACAAUAGACGAAGCACAACGAGUAGUAGACAUUGUAGAAGACGUGGCUGAGGGGGUGGACAAGGUGGCAGAAGAAGCUGUGAAGCAUCUUCCUGAUGGAAAACUUCGUGAUGCUGUUGAAUUUGUUGAAAAAGUAGCUGAAGAUAUAGAUAAGCAUGCCGAACGCGCAGAAGAUGAAUUAGAAAAGGUGGAGAACAUGGAAAACGAGUUUGAGUCCUUCAUUGAAUCAACCACUCAUCAUCAGGAAAAUUCAGUCACAACGACCGCAGAAGCAAAAGAACAGAAGUAGAAAAAAAACACGGUUGCAGACCAUGGCGACAAUUCAUAAACUAAAAAAUUCAACAGGACAUUUCAAUAUUUUCUUUUACAACAUACUUGUAUACUUAUUUGUUAUAUAUAUAAAUACAUCACCAUGUGGAAGUAUAUACAUAGAA